AUGGAAUUUAGACAUUUUGUCCAUUUAGAGGAGUGUUGUCCAGUCUGUGGAGAUAAAGUUUCAGGAUACCACUACGGUCUGCUGACCUGCGAAAGCUGCAAGGGUUUUUUCAAAAGAACGGUCCAAAACAACAAGAAGUACAUCUGUGCAGAAAACCAGGCAUGCAGCAUUGAUAAAACUCAGAGGAAACAGUGUCCUUUCUGCAGAUUUCAAAAGUGUCUUCAAGUUGGCAUGCGACUGGAAGCUGUUCGUGCAGAUCGUAUGCGAGGUGGCAGAAACAAGUUUGGCCCUAUAUACAAACAAGAUCGUGCCCUCAAGCAGAGAAAGGCUUUGAUUCAAGCUUGUGGAUUCAGAAGUGAGAGCAGAGCACCUCUGAUCUCCUCAAAAUCCCAGUGUGUCUCUAACUUUACUGGUGGCCUCCAACCAGAAUCAGUCCUUCACAGCACCUUGGUGACCAAAGCCCAGAAUGACUGUAUCAGCUACCAGUCUCCACCACUUCUGCCCUCCAGCUUACCUGUUGCCACAAAGAAUCAGUGCUUCUCCUUUUCGAACUCAACAAUCAAAUCAGAGCACACAGAGAACUGUGCAAGGUCACAGGGCUCUGCUGAAGGAAUCCACACUGACAAUCUAUACUCAAACUCUCCACAAGGUCCAAGGAUACCUCAGCUAGUGAUGGAGUUUUUGCUGUGUGAUCUGGAUCAGCAACAACUCCAGAAAAAGGUCACUACUUCUCUCCAGCAGGAGAUGGUUAGCUGGAGGAAACACAGGAACCCUAGUACUUUCACCCUGAUGUGCCUCAUGGCUGACCAGAUGGUGGUCUCUAUUGUGGAGUGGGCUCGCAAAUCCAUCUUCUUUAAACAUCUCAAGGUGUGUGAUCAGAUGAAGUUACUGCACAACUGCUGGAGUGAACUGUUGAUCCUGGAUGUCAUUUCUGGACAUGUCCUAUACAGCAGGGAGGGCAGCUUGCUUCUGAUCACUGGGCAGGAGUGGAACAGGUCAGUGUUUGGUGUCUAA